AUGGCGGCGAGUUUUCCCGCGGAGGCUGCAGCAGCAGCAGCAGCAGCAGCAGCAGCAGCAGCAGCAGCCGAGGAGCCCGAGGCCUACCCGCUGGCCGCUGCUGCUGCUGCCGCCGGCCCCGAGGCCCUCCAGGGGCCCCAGGGGGCCCCAAAUGGUACUUUUUGGGACCCUGAGUUCUACAAACUUCCCGAAGAAGACACCAGGGGCCCCCGGGGCCCCCGGCGGGCCUUCAGGGCUGCAGCAGUGAAGGCCUUUUUGGCUCUGGCGGUUUUGCUGCUGCUGAGCUUCUCCAUUGUGGACAUAAAGCCCUCGAGCGCUGCAGCAAGGCCUCCUUCCCCAGCCCUGCCCCGCAAGCCCGCAGCAGCAGCAGCAGCAGCAGCAGCAGCAGCAGCAGAAGCAGCAGCAGCAGCAGAAGCAGCAGCAGCAGCAGCAGCGGAAGGAGCAGCAGCAGCAGCAGCAGAAGCAGAAGAAGCAGAAGUAGAAGAAGCAGAAGAAGCGGAAGAAGAAGAAGCAGAAGAAGAAGAAGAAGAAGAAGCGGGCGAAUUAGCAGCAGGAGACAUAGAAGGAGCAGCAGCAGCAGAAGCAGCAGCAGCAGCAGCAGCAGCAGCAGCAGCAGCAGCAGAGGGGGGAGAGCUGUUCCCAGACCUGGAGGGCUCUGUGGAGUUCUACCAAGAGAGCUUCGAAGCUGCUGCUGACCAGCUGGAGGCUCUCGUGCUGCUGCUGCUGUACAAGCGGCACGUGGAGGCGCUGCGGGCCACCCCGCGGCCAGCAGCAGCAGCAGAGCUGCGGCUCUUCAAACUCAACUUGCUGCUGCUGGAGGCCCUCUGCAGCAGCGCAGCAGAAGUGCUGCGCAGCCUCCAAGACAUGCAGCAGCUGCACGAGGCCACGGGGGUGCCGGUGCCUCUUUUGGGUUUGGGGGGCCCCCUGGAGCCGCUGCUGGCGGGGGCCCUGGGGGGCCCCCCGGGGCGGACCAGUGGUCUGACCAGUGGGGUGACCAGUGGUCACAUGACUUUGGGGGAGUUUCUGGGCGACUUGGGGCUCCCCAGCAGCGGCGUUUCGCGGGCCAAAGUGCCCCGCAGACUGGGGCUGCUGCUGCAGAACAUUCUCGAGCUUAAGCAGCUGCAGCAAGACUGUUUUUUGAAGGCUUUUGCCAAGUUCGAGCCGCUGCUGCAGGCCCUGGGACUCAGCCGCGAAAACGGGUACCCGCGGGGGCCCCCGCUGCCGCUGCUGUUCGCGGCGGGGGAGUUCGACGCGGCGCUGCUGGCGCUCAGCAGCAGCGCAGCAGCAGCAGCAGCAGCAGCAGCAGCAGCAGCAGCAGCAGCGCCGCUGGCCGCGGUCUUGGGGGACAAGUGGAACCCCAGGGCUGUUGCGGACUUCGCCGCAGAUCAGUUUUUCGAAAUCCAAUUUUUAAUUAACUCCGCAGCCAACGCGAAGGCGGCGACUCUGCGGCUUUCCAAGUGGGGGCCGGGGGGUCAAGACACCGCAGGAGUCUUUGCUCUCGCGAGGUUUCUUCUUUAG